AUGGAUUCUAUCGCCCACCGGCCGUGGGAACCCGUGUCGGGACCCCAGACACCCGCGGCCUCGAAUCAGACCCUCCCCUCGAUCUCGACAUUGACCGCGAACAUGAACGGCGCCGGCGUUAAUGGCGCCGAGAAGUCGCCUGGGAACUCCUCGCUGAACACAAUUGAACGCGACUCGGGAAAUUGGUCAAUGCCGCAAAGCACAAGUAGGAAUCCCCCCGGAACCGAUUGGGAGCGGCAUGCUGACCCUCCAGGAUCCUCAACCUACUCGACCACGACCAAUGGCACCGGCAACAACUAUCCCUCCCUCACCUUCCUGACCUCGACCUCACAACCCUCGCCCAAUCGCGGCCACGUCGCGCCCGAUCGAUCCCCCUUUGGGCAUGACCAUUCGACGACCACCACGCCGUCAUCUGCCGGCGCGCAACAGCCAUCCCCGAACUUCAACACCUCCCAGCCGAAUUCGGCCUUGCCGUCCAUUAACCAAAAUUUCGAUGCCUCAUCGCAACGAGGGAGCGUAGUGGAGGUUCCUGAAUCACGGCGGAGCAGUGUGGACAGUCGGAUGAACCAAGGGAUUAGCUCUCUGGCGAUCAACCCGGCCUCGCCCUACCACAGCACCAAUGCGUCGCAAUCAUCGAUUGUGUCCAGUCUGCAACGGGAACGCGGGAUCUCCAACGAUAUGAACUCAUACCGGGGACCUCGGUAUUCCGGAGGGAGCCAGCCGCUGUCCCCCUUAGGUCCACGCCCCGGGGAGCAUCGUAGCUUUGCGGCCGGGCGGACGGCCCCUGCAAUUUCCUCCAACCCUCGAUCUGAAAUUUACAAUGCCGAAGCGCCCACCGCGGGUAUGGCUUAUGCCUUCCCCGACCCUGACGUCGCGCGCUCAAGCUCCAUCUCAUCCACCGAGAAAUCCAACCCACCGUUCUCUCGGAAAGGUAGCACAGCAGAAUCCCUGAGUAGCAUGUACUCAGAGCGCAUGCCACGGGGACAACACGAACUGCCGCAGAAUGUUCACCAUCACUCGCUCCAGCACAAGCAAGUCCGGGAUUUGAUUGGCGAAUCAGAGUCUGCCGGCGGUAACACUCCGUACAGUCGGACCCCCGAAUUGCGUGUCACCCAUAAAUUGGCCGAGCGAAAACGGCGAAGCGAGAUGAAAGACUGUUUCGAAGCCCUACGCAUGCGACUCCCGCAAAGUCAGAACAACAAAUCUAGCAAAUGGGAGACCUUGACGCGUGCUAUCGAGUACAUCAGUUCCCUGGAGAAAUCGCUCGGCCAAAUGCGGCGCGAGAACUCGGUCUUGCGCACUGAGAUGGAGGAAAUGCGGGUCCAAAUGAGCCAGCAACAGGCCAAUGGCCCCUCGCGGACCCCUUCCAUCUUCGAGCACCAUCCGAUGUCUGCGACUCCGACCAAUGGACAACCGCCCGGUCCGGCCUUCUCGGGAUUCGGCAAUGGGUCCGUCGUGCCCCAGGAGCAGCCGCGCACGUUGCCACCUCUGAUGAACGGCUCCGUAGCUCCGAUGCAGGGAAUUCAAUAUACCGACGAGCGACGAUAG